GAAAAUCGGCUGUCACCUAAAGUACAGUUCCAAGUUCGCAACCGGUGAGUCAACAUUAUAUUUCGUGGAUCUUCUAUAAAGACCGUACCGUUCUUUCAAGAUGACUCUCGUGUGGGGCAUAAUUGCAUCGUUUCUGUACUUGGAAAUAUUUAUCGUGCUGCUGCUGGUGCUACCACUCAGAAGUCCGCAGCAAUGGCAUCGAUUUUUCAAAUCCCGUUUCCUGGCGAUGCUGAGCCGUCAGGCCCAGACCUAUUUCUAUCUGCUGCUGGCCGUGCUUGUCCUCUUUUUGCUCGAAGCCAUUCGAGAAAUGCGUAAAUAUUCAUCCAACGAUCAUACGCAUACGGAAACGCACCUGAACGUAGAAAUGCAGCACAGCAUGCGUCUGUUCCGUGCGCAGCGUAACUUCUACAUCUCCGGUUUCGCUAUUUUCCUGUCGCUUGUGAUUCGCCGUUUGGUUUCCCUCAUCAGCGGGCAGGCGAUGCUGCUCGCCCAGGCGGAAGCCUCGAUGAAGCAGGCUCAAAGUGCAACCACCGCUGCCCGGACGCUGAUGAGUCAGCAGAAAGGGGAUGAGAAGCCAACGGAAUCGAAGGCAAAAUCUGCCGGCGAUGCUGUUAAUGCCGAAGAACUAAAGAAGAAAAUCACAGAACUAGAGUCGGAGCUAGCCAAAGAGCGCAAGGACAAGGAAGCAAUGAAAUCGCAAUCGGAAAGCCUGAACCGCGAGUACGACCGUCUAACGGAGGAGUACAGCAAGUUGCAGAAGAAAAUUACCAUUUCCAGUCCCGAUAAGAGCGAUUAAGUGUUCAGUAGUGGUAACAACCAUCUUCGUGGGUGAGGGUUUUCAUAUUUCUCUUCACAAUUAUUUUCUUAUAGUUGAAAAGAGCUUUUUUCAUUCAUUAAUAUAUUCAAGCACACUCAUGUUCAGUUUGCCAUGUGAGUAACUUUGCUUGUCAUCGGUCGAAUUUGAUCAACGACAAUUCUACACAACAUCUUAUCAACAAUCACUUCAUUUUCGUCUUGUUAAGAACGUCAUCAUUUCUUCCUAAAAUGGUUUUAAAUUUAAAACUACAAAUCCGGGUUCGGUUUACAAAAUGGACUAGGCACAGGAAAAGCAAAUUGUAAGGACUUGAAAGGGAAACUGAACGAAAGCACUGAUUUUGAACACCGCUCGUGAUUGACAAGAAUUUGUUACUAAAAAGAAAAUUGUUCUGAUCUAUUUCCCUAAAAUAUACCACAUAUAAAUGUUGAGAUAUGUAAUAAAAGGUGUAACCCGAACAUCCUUGCCUUGAAACAAUUUCAUAAAUCGUGUAACGUACCUAUGGGUUGUAUUUAGAGGAAUCAUACCGUACAUUCAUCCAUUCCACGUUAUCUGUCGAUGUUUAUCUUAACCAACAUUGCAGAUAGUAGCGGGCUGCUGAUAAGAUAUUUUCUGUGUCUUUUGCAGAUUAACAAGCAUGAAAGAAAGAUUAAAAGAGUCCAUAUUAUACUGCAUAUCGGAUACGUUCAGUCGAGCAAUCGCCAACAGUUGACAAUUGAUAAACCAAUCCAACCUGUUUUUUUUUAUUUGUAUCAUCAAAAU